CUCUAUGAUGGAUGCAGAUUGUUAUUGCGCCCGAGAGAUUGCAGUGAGGCAUGGCGGGGUUGUAAAGAGGCUCUACUGGCCGUUGGAAUCUUUUUUCUGGGGGCGAGACGGGGAUCUUUCUACGUGAAAUGCUUUCUCGUACGUGAAACUGCGAUUGCGGUUCUACACCUCGACAACUCGAGAUUCGCGUCUCAAAAUACCUUUCGAGCCUCAUCACACAACGCGACGUUCAUCUUCUUCGCCCUCUUCUGUUUUCAUUUUUCUUGCCUUGUUUCCUUGUGUCUUGGAUCGCGGUGAUGAAAGCUGACUCCGUCAUCCAGGACCUUUUCAUUCACACCAGCAGCUGACCUCCCGACUCAGAGAGUGUGACUCAAUAAGCCACAGGCUGCCGCGCUUCAAGGCCUCCUCUUGUUGCACCGCCUACGAAGAGAAGAAAGGAAAAGAAAAUAUGAGAUAGAAAAAAGAGAUACACAACCACCACAUUCUUCCCCUCCCACAUUCUCUCUGCUUCCUAUUCUACUUUGGAUCUGGGUCAAAAUGAAUACGGCUCCUCCUCUAAUCACGACCACAGCUCCUCAGCCGAUCCCGGCUACCUCGAUCGAGGCAAAGUUGGUAGUUCUUGGUGCGCAAGGCGUGGGGAAAACAUCCCUGGUAUCACGCUUUAUCAAUCCAUCUGCACAGUUGUCAAAGAAUAUUCAAUCAACGAUUGGCGCUUCUUUUGUCACGAAACGGAUUACCGACCCUGACACAUCUACAACCGUUCGGUUACAGAUAUGGGACACGGCGGGGCAGGAGCGGUUCAGAAGCAUAUCUCGACUCUACUACCGAGGAGCAAAUGCUGGGCUGCUAUGCUAUGAUAUCACAAAUGAACAAAGUUUCGAAGAGAUGAAGACAUGGCUGGAAGAAAUGAAGGAGAAUUGCGAGGAUGGCGAGGCCAUGCCAAUAAUACACGUGGUGGGCACCAAGAGCGAUAUUGUUGCGGACGAUCCAUCAUGCCGGCAGGUCACCUUUGAGCGUACCAUUACCUAUGUGGCACAGCAAUUAGGAGCCGUGGCUGCUGAGAGUACUGCCUCAACCCCUCCUUUGGCCAUGAGAUCUGGUCAUAACGUUCAAAGUCCGGACUCGAAACGCAGCUCGGGAUUUUGGAACCAAGACAUCGGUUGGGAUAGCUGCCAUGAAGUCAACGCAAAGGACGGAGAAGGCGUGGAAGAGGUGUUUCGAGUUAUUGCGCGCAAGCUGGUUGAGCAGAAACACCAGAGGGACGCUGCCGAGUUCACCAAACUGCAAGGUUCCAAAUCUCGCAGUGAGACUGGUGAUGAUUAUUUCGGAGGACUUCAUGGACACAACGGGAGCUUCAGGGUUGGCUAUGGAGAUAAGAGACGAAGCUGGUUGGGUCUGCCCAGCGUAGGAUUGGGUAUAGGUGAAUCUGAUAGCGGUGGUCCGGGAUAUGGGACUCGUGAUCCCGAGGAAGCACGGCGAAAAGGACGAUGUUGUUGAUGUGUCAGAGAACCCGUGCAUUGUUGGCGUUGGAGCAUCGCUGGGUUUUGAGGGCUGAUACUGGACUGCGGAAUUGAGGUCUGCAUGGUGUUUGGGAGUUACUCUGAUAUGGUUCUCUCUGGAUGCUGAAAUGCAGCAAUUGGGAUUUGUGAAAUGGAAGAUCUUUUGCGUGCUUUGAACUCGCAGUGUAUUGUAUAUCAAGGAGAGCAACUCAGACCCAGACUUACGAUUUUGAUAGCGAGAAGAACGAAUACAAUUAUUUACGGCCGA